CCGGCCCGGGUGGGGGGUGCGGGGGGGCCCGGGCGCCAUGCGGGGGGGGCACAAGGGGGGUCGCUGUGCCUGUCCCCAUGUGAUCCGAAAAGUGCUGGCAAAAUGCGGCUGCUGCUUCGCCCGGGGGGGACGUGAAUCCUAUUCCAUUGCUGGCAGUGAGGGGAGUAUCUCAGCUUCAGCUGCUUCGGGUCUGGCUGCCCUCUCUGGCCCCAGCUCUGGCCUCAGCUCUGGCCCCUGUUCCCCGGGCCCCCCAGGGCCAGUCAGUGGCCUGAGAAGAUGGUUGGGUCAUUCCAAACAUUGUCUCAGUGUGGAAACUGAGGCAGACGGUGGCCAGGCUGGACCAUAUGAGAACUGGAUGCUGGAACCAGCUCUAGCCACUGGAGAGGAGCUGCCAGAACUGACCCUGCUGACCACAUUGUUGGAGGGCCCUGGAGAUAAGACACAGCCACCUGAGGAGGAGACCCUAUCCCAGGCCCCUGAGAGUGAGGAGGAACAGAAGAAGAAGGCUCUGGAAAGGAGUAUGUAUGUCUUGAGUGAACUGGUAGAGACAGAGAAAAUGUAUGUGGAUGACUUGGGGCAGAUUGUGGAGGGUUACAUGGCCACCAUGGCCGCUCAGGGGGUCCCAGAGAGUCUUCGAGGCCGUGACAGGAUUGUGUUUGGGAACAUCCAGCAAAUCUAUGAGUGGCAUCGAGACUAUUUCCUGCAGGAGCUGCAGCAGUGUUUGAAGGAUCCUGAUUGGCUGGCUCAGCUAUUCAUCAAACACGAGCGCAGGCUGCAUAUGUACGUGGUGUACUGCCAGAAUAAGCCCAAGUCCGAGCACGUGGUGUCAGAGUUUGGGGACAGCUACUUUGAGGAGCUCCGGCAGCAGCUAGGGCACCGCCUGCAGCUCAAUGACCUCCUCAUCAAACCAGUGCAGAGGAUCAUGAAAUACCAGCUGUUGCUCAAGGAUUUUCUCAAAUAUUACAGUAGAGCUGGGAUGGAUACUGAAGAGCUGGAGCAAGCUGUGGAGGUCAUGUGCUUUGUACCCAAGCGCUGCAAUGACAUGAUGACCCUGGGGAGACUUCGGGGGUUUGAGGGCAAACUGACUGCUCAGGGGAAGCUCUUGGGCCAGGACACAUUCUGGGUCACAGAGCCUGAGGCUGGCGGUCUGCUCUCCUCCCGGGGUCGAGAGAGACGUGUCUUCCUCUUUGAGCAAAUCAUCAUCUUCAGCGAGGCCCUGGGAGGAGGAGUACGAGGUGGAACGCAGGCUGGAUAUGUGUACAAAAGCAGCAUCAAGGUGAGCUGCCUGGGACUGGAGGGGAACCUCCAAGGUGACCCUUGCCGCUUUGCACUGACCUCCAGAGGGCCAGAGGGUGGGAUCCAGCGCUAUGUCCUACAGACUGCAGAUCCUGCGGUCAGUCAGGCCUGGAUCAAGCAAGUGGCUCAGAUCCUGGAAAGCCAGCGGAACUUUCUCAAUGCAUUGCAGUCACCCAUUGAGUAUCAGAGGAGGGAGAGUCAGACCAACAGCCUGGGGCGGCCAGGAGGGCUUAGGGUGGGGAGUCCUGGGAGAAUCCGGCCUGGAGACCGGGCCCAGGUCAGCACACAAGCACCCAUCAAUGGCUCUCUCCCCUCCCUGCUGCUGUUGCCCAAAGGGGAGGUGGCCAGAGCCCCCCUGCCCCUGGACACACAGGCCCUCAGUGACUUCCCCCAAGCUCCUUGUGACUCUCCUCCAGCUCCACCAAUCCCAAAUACCCCUCCCUGCCAAGCCAGACUUGCCAAGCUGGAUGAAGAUGAGCUGUAACUGGUGAAGGCCUGGGGUGGUGCUGGCCCGGCCACCCUAUUUCCCGAGGAACUUCAGGGCAAACCUUCUGGCACCACCUCAGAAUUCCUUCUUGAUGUGUCUGGAGAGGGGGCAAGGCUGGGAGUGGUGUUGACUUGGAUGAGGAUACCUAGACUCAAAAGGACUUCUUUCUGUUUAAGGAAUGUAGGUUCCUUCAGCUCCCACCCCUUCUGCAUGCAUCACAGGUGCCCCCCCAAAAGGAGGAUGUGUGGGUGGGUGGGAGGGCUGGGGCAGGGGCCAGGUAAAAAUGAUUGGUUUUGAUUUUGAUUUUGUUUCUUUCGGUUUUCUGAAAAUAAAGGUUUUGU